AUGGAAAAGGAUUCGCUCGGUGGCAGCAAAUAUUUGCUGCUGAUCAUCGACGAAGCCAGUGGAUGCAUGAAGUGCUUUUGUCUGCGAGUGAAGUCCGAGAGUGAAGACUACAUCCGGAAAUAUAUCACCAUGGUACAGACGCAAUUCUGUAAGAAGGUCAAGUUCGUGCGACACGACGGAGCUCGCGAGUUUGCAAACAACUCGCUUCAAGAUUUCUACGAGGAUGAAGGCAUUGAACAGCAGACGACGGUGCCCAUGCUUCACCAUGCCAAGUUGGACAAGUGCUUCUGGGCUGAAUUAGCAAUGACGGUCAUCUACGUCAAGAAUCGCCUACCGUCACCAAAAGUUGUGCAUAAGACCCCGUUUGAGAUCGUGUACAACUCCAAACCAAGUGUCAAGCACAUGCGAGUAUUCGGCUGUCAGACAUUUAUACUGACUCCGAAGGAGAAGCGACUCAAGUGGGAUCCCAAGACUCGCGCUGGCAUAUUCGUGUACUACGAAGAAGUGUCCAAGGCAUAUCGUGUAUUUGACAUUGAGGCGGGGCAGGUGGUUAUCAGCCGCGAUGUCAAAUUCGACGAGUCCACCUUUGGACUUCAACUGCCGAUCACUGAUGAAGAUGUCGAUGACCUGGACUUCGAAUUGCUGGAUCUUGAUGACGAAGAGCUGCGUCAAAUGGAGUAUCAGCAAACUGGCAAGCGCAAGAACCGACUCAAUGAUGAAGAUACAGCAGCUCCACGACCGCGUGCAGUGCGUCAACGACCAGGACUAGAAGAGUCAAGCGCGCCGGAAAACAACUCGUCACGCCAAGAAGAAGACGAAGAAACGAAGGAUUCUGGUGAUUCAACACCUCCUGUGUUUUGGCGUGCGAGUGCAAAUGCCGUUGAAGCAGCAGUGGACUUAUCAGAGCCCUCAACAUUUGAAGCAGCAGUAAGCGGCCCUGACCAAGUGCAAUGGAGAAAAGCAAUUCAUGCAGAGCUCGAGUCAAUGCGACUUCGCGGUGUGUUUCGUGCAGCCAAGCUGCCCAACGGACAACGCGCCAUUGGCACAAAAUGGGUGUUCAAGAUCAAGCGCAAGGCGGAUGGGUCAAUCGAGAAGUACAAGGCACGACUUGUGGCCAAGGGUUUCCGCCAAAAGUAUGGCAUCGACUACACGGAGACGUUUUCGCCUGUGGUCAAGUAUGUGACGCUGCGAAUGGUGAUCGCAAUUUCCAAGCAUUUUGGAUGGCCCAUCGACCAGCUUGAUGUGGUGACAGCUUUCCUGUAUGGCGUCAUGAAGGAACAAGUGUUCUGCGCGAUUCCUGAAGGCGUCGAACUUGACAGUACGUUCGACUGCCUGGAAUGGGUGAAGUCAAUUUACGGCCUCAAGCAAGCGUCGCGAGUGUGGAACGAGACAUUCGACGAGUAUGUGUGCUCCAUCGGAUUUCAAGUAUCGGACUUCGACCCAUGUCUCUACAUCAAGACUUCGGACGGCCAUUGCGUGUUUAUACUGGUCUACGUGGACGACGUCUUGGUGACUGGAAGCUCGCUCGAGCUGAUUGCACAAACCAAGAACGACCUGAAGACGCGGUUCGAGAUGACGGACAGCGGCAAGUGUGCGUUUGUUCUUGGGAUCGAGCUUUUGGACGGUGAAGAUGGCAGUGUGACACUAUGUCAGCGUCGGUAUGUCGAUGAUAUCCUCAAGCGCUUUGGCAUGGAUGAUUGCAAGGCAGUCGCAAGUCCAGUCGACAUGAGCUCUCGACUUGUUUCAAGUGAUGCAACUACCAAGGUCGAUGCUCCUUUUCGCGAAGCUGUUGGUGCGUUGAUGCACCUGACCACUGCAACGCGUCCGGACAUUGCGUUUGCUGUGGGCUAUGUGUCGCGGUUCAUGGAAAAUCCCCAAGAAGAACACUGGGUUGCAGUUAAGCGUAUCUUUCGCUACCUACAAGGCACCAAGACGCAUGGAAUUUGCUACAAGCCAAGUGCAAGGAUCGACUUCCUGAGUUGGGGCAGCAAGAAGCAGCCAAGUGUUUCGUUGUCCACGACUGAAGCUGAAUACAUCGCACUCAGCUUGGCGAUUCAAGAGGGCAAGUGGAUUCAUCGUCUGCUUUGUGAGAUCGUGAUGGCUGCCAAUGAAGAAGGACCGGAACUCAUGAUUCAUGAAGACAAUCAGUCAUGUAUCAAGAUGACGAAGAACCCAGUCAACCACGGCCGUGCCAAGCACAUUGAUAUCAAGUACCAUCACAUCCGUGAUGAGGUCAAGCGCGGUGAAGUGAAACUCAAGUACUGUGAAACUGCGGUGAUGUUAGCGGACAUCAUGACGAAGGGACUUCAUGGACCACGCCACAAGGAGAUGACGACGGAUCUCGGGAUUCGUGAGCAUUCGGAUUGA